UACAUGUCAUAUAAAAGUGAUGCAAAUGAGCGGCUGAGCGCUUACCUUCGUCUCCAUGGUAAUACAAAGUGAAACAUAUCCAUAACCUGAAGAAACAUGGAAUUGUGCGAAUAGAACUACAGUUCUCAGUAUCAUUCUUUAUUGUGUUUUAAAAAUAAUGACUGCAGAAAACUGUGAGGAGUCUAUGCGAGAAACUGCAUUACGGCUCGCUAUAGAAGAAGAAAAUAGACGCAAGACAGAUCCAAAUGAAACUCACGAACGAUCGAUUAUUAUCCUUGGCAGCAAGGGAGUUGGUAAAACAACAAUGGUGUAUCGAUUUCUUGAAAAAGAUGAAAGACCAAAACCAACUAUAGCAAUGGAUUAUUCAUUUGGUCGCAAAACUGUAAAAAGUUUAGUGAAAAAUAUAGUGCACGUGUGGGAAGUGGGUUAUUUGGCUUCUUCUUUGGUAUCUGUUGCGAUGACAGGUUCUACAUUAACACAUUCCCCUCAUCACACCGUGUUAUUAAUAAUGCUAGAUUUAUCGCGACCAGAAGAAUUAUGGUCUUCCUUCGAGGAGGCUCUUUCUGUAAUACGAAAUGGUUUGAAAAUGAGUUACGACACUAACACGAUUCAAGAAUUACGGGAUAAAAGGGCAGCAGAUAGAAAAAAAGAAUUGGAACGUGGAGUUGAUCCGUUUUUAAUGAAAAUGUGUAUUAUAGGUGGACGAUAUGAUGAAUUUAAGGAAUUUGAUUUGAGUAAAAAAGAAUUUAUUGGAAAGAUAUUGAGAGCGAUAGCUCAUAAUCUAGAUGCGAGCCUUUAUUAUUAUUCCUCUAAAGAUAAAUUUCUCGUACGACGACUUAAAGAUUUAUUAUCUCAUUAUGGAUUUGGUUCUUCAUUUAUGGAGGAUAAGUGUACGGAUUGUGAGAAACCGUUAAUGAUGCCGGCGGGUAUGGAUUCUUUCGGACGAAUCGAUUUGCAAUUCCCUCAAACGAGACCAUCGGCAAUUUUAGAUACUAUCAAACAGAUCUACGUCUCACGUAUACCGCAAGUGUCGAGGAGUGACGAAAGUACUUUGGAGGAUCCCAGUAAUGAUCCUAACUUUAAUGAGCCUAUUAUCGAUAGAUUGAGAAUGCAGCGGGAAGAGGAGAUCAGUGUACUGCUGAAUGAUAUGAUGGAAGGCCGUAUGUCAAAAAUUCCUGUGCCCGAUCCAAUUUAGAGAGUAUGAAGUUUUAGAGAGUAUAUUUUAUGUAUC